UAAAUAUAUAUGUUCCAUAUGUCUGCAUAUCGCUUCACAGACUUCGGUUACGAUUGCACUCACUGUUGUAAAGCCAACUCGAAAGCUAUGCCCAAUGGUAUAGAGGGUGUCACCAGUGGCAUUCGCCAAAACGUCGUCUAAUGUGAAAGAUAUUGACGUCAUACAUUAUGAGACUGCCGAAUUUAACUCAAAUAUAUAUCAGGAAAG